UAAGUAAUGGUUCGUGUAAGAACUACGGUACCCUGCGGCAACGCAUGCGCAGAAGUAGCUAUAAAACUUCAGUAAAAUCCUGCCCUCUGAUUGGCUAAAAUACAUCUUCGGGUGUUUUCCGUAUCUUAUCCAUUGAUUGACAAACAUUUAAAUUAAGAAUAAAACAAAGGUUGCAUUGUUACAACUUAUCCCCGAGUUUUGUCCGAAUCGUAUGUUCGGAAGUUAGAUUUCCGACAUAGCGCUCACGUCGCCAUUUUGAAUUCUACAUGCUUCCUCCUCGAUAUAUUAAGACAAGUCUCUCGCUAUUCAUGAUCUCUUCGAAAAUAGUUUGAAAAUCUAUUGUAUAUACUUUAAAGAAACGCUUCUGAGUUCUGUUUGCUUGCAAACUUUGUCCGAGAAGUUAGAAAAGCUUGUCAUGGUGUUCAAAAGGCAGGCAUGUUGCUGCCCAAACCACGAGGCUUGGUGUGGCAGUAAGCCUUCAGAUGUGGAACAGAGGUCCCUGAGAAAGGCGAACAGAGUAGAGAAAGUUUUCUUGGAGCUAGAUGACAAAGGCAAAAAGGGCUGGUCUAGAAGCAUUUGUAUGUACUGUCGACAGCGAGUCGAUUUGGAGCUUGGAAACCAACGCAUGAAAACUUCACACGAGAGCUGUAGAGAUGAAACUGCCUCAAGUUCCAGCGUGUUUUUCCAACCGGAAACCUCUGAGACCAGCGCCGCUGCUGAAGCUGCGUUAGAACCAUUCCAGGACAUUGAGGAAACCUCUGCACUAGGGCAAAUUUUGCCGUCAUCAGUUGAUGCUGUACGACUCAUGAAAGCAUCAACUAAACUAAGGGACAUAGAACUAAAGGACAUAAAACGAUGCAUUGAAGUAGAAGAUACGGCGUUUGGUGAAGCGAAGAUAUUUUUUUAGAAAAUUGUAAAAUAUAAAUAUCAGCAAUAACCCGCAAUUGUCAGUAAGAGCAGUGGAAUGCUUAUGCGGAUGCAAAAAGCUGAAAGAAAUAGUGAAUAUAAAUGCAGCCCGUCUGGAGCCAGAAGAAUUACAAUUUCUUCGCAGAAAUUUUCCGUGAGUCCUCAUGGCCUACUAUGUAUCGAAGACGGAGACCCCGAUUAUAAGCUGGACACUCUCGAAUUCAUCAAUGAGCUUAUGGAACAAACCUUGCUUGCGGCUUGUUUUAAGAAAAUAUUGUGCGUUCUGUCUGUGUCGAUAAAAUAAUAACUAGAGGACUGCUACUACUGUGAAUUCCAGUAAACUUUAUUGCUGUGGCUUGUAUGCGAUAAUAGUUGUAUUGAGGAUCGAAUAAAGCAAAAUUGGUAACU